GAGGCUGGGCUCAGGGCAAAGGUACUUUGAUAAAAGCAGGUUUAUCACUCACUCUCUUCAGUUCAGUCCAAUCCGUGCUAUCAUGUUCCUUUCACUUGUCCUGCUGGGGCUAUGCAUCUGCUUCAUCAUCCUUCAACUGAGGCCCAGGAGGCCCAAGAACCUUCCACCAGGGCCUCCUGUCCUGCCCAUCCUGGGGAACAUUUUGCACCUAAAUCUAAAGAAUCCUUUGGAGGACUUCGAGAAACUGAGGAAGUCUUACGGAAAUGUCUACAGUCUGUUCCUCGGCCCUAGACCAAGUGUAGUCAUCAAUGGGGUGAAGGCCAUGAAGGAGGCUAUGGUGAUCAAGGCUGCUGAAUUUGCUGGACGACCUCAAGACCUGCUUGCUCAUGAUGUCACCCAGAGGAACGGAUUUAUUUUUUCAGAUUAUGGCCCCAGCUGGAAGGAGCAUCGUCGCUUUUCUCUCAUGACAAUGAGGAACUUUGGUCUGGGGAAGAAAUCAAUGGAGGAGAGAAUUCAUGACGAGACUCAAUACAUCAUUAAAACACUGGAUAACAACAUUGGCAAAACUCUGACUCCUCAAGUUGUGUUUCAUAAUGCGGCUUCCAACAUCAUGUGCCAGGUUGUCUUUGGUACACGCUACGAGUAUGACGAUGAGUUCAUCGCAACGAUUGUUCAGACUGCCACUGAUCUUACCAAGGCCGCUAAUGGACCAUGGGCGAUGCUGUACAGCUCUUUUCCAUGGAUUCGUAAGCUGCCACUGCCCUUCAACAGGGCCUUUAAUGCAAUGAAGCGUUCUUUUGACCUUGUGCUUCGUUCGUUGAAUGAGCACAAGAAGACCAGAGUUCCUGGUGAGCCUCGAGACUUUCUUGACUGCUACCUGGAUGAACUGGAUAAGAAAGCAGAGGAUUCUACAUUUUCAGAGGACAAACUCAUAUUUACCGCAAUAGAUCUUAUGAUUGCUGGGACUGAUACGACCUCCAACACUCUGCUUACUGCUUUUCUUUACCUUAUGAACCACCCACACAUACAAGGUAUACCUGCACAUGCACAUAUGAGGAAUUACUACUUUGUUUCUGACAUUGUAGUUCCACAACUGUCUUUCAAUAUGAAACCUGUAAAAGUCAUGUACUUAUGUUACCGUGCAUCAAACCAGGAACUUAAAUGGAGAAGUCCUGUCUGUCGGUCUGGUUGUCUCCCAUCCGCUCCUCUGCCCUGUCUGUUUAGUUGUCUCCCAUCCGCUUCUCUACCCUGUCUCUCCUCCCACAGCUCGGUGCCUGAGUGGAGUCUCGCUUCUCAGCUGACUCCACUCAGGCAAUCAGCUACCUCCACGGCUCCCAGACAGCUAACUAUCAUCUCACUAACGACUCACCUCUACAAUAAGUACCGGCUCAGCCUUCCACUCCCUGCCAGAGUGUUGAACCAAAACCAUCCAGCUGUCCGGGAUCCCCGCUGUCAUCCUUCCCCUCCGGCUCUCCCCCAGCCAGUUAUCACCGGUUCUUCCUUGCCUGGACCCCCACUCCUGCCUGGAACCUCACUCCUGCCUGGAACCCCCUGCUCAUGCACUCUGGUUUCUCCAUCCUGGCCAUAAUCCACCCCAUACAAUAAAGCAUUCUAAAUCAUCCUCUGGUCGAGGAAGCGUGGCUCUCUGCUCGGGUCCAACCAGCUCCGUUUCGUGACAGAACACUCUGGCCAAGCAUGGACCCGGAGAACUCGCCGCCAAGGCCGGAUCUGCCCAUUCCACCCAACAUCAGGCAAGUCCAUCAAACCUUCUGUCAGCUUUCAGCCAAUUACCAAAGGAUGCACAGUUAACUCACCGUUUUAACCAGCCUGAAAUCACAGGAGGUUUCCGCCCCGUCCCUGACAGCUCAAUACAACCAAGCAUUACAGGAUGUUGCCGCCACAAAGGCACAAUUGGACCACUUCAUCGCCCUGCUCACCCAAGUUUCCUCGCCGUCAGCCCAGCCAGCACCCUCUUCCCUCCCAUCAGUGCCACCAGCCCCGGACCCAGUCCACACCCCGACCCACGUCCAAGACACGCCCUGGGUCUUCUCCUCCUGCGACGAGUACAGUGUUUAUUUUAACGCGCUGUACGAUUUGUGGGAGGAAUGGAGGGAAGACCCAAAGGACUCGAGCAUAACCCUGGGUCGCAAGCUAGCAGGACAGCGACCCGGGUUAGCCGACCUUCUUCCCGACUACAUUCAUGAAUUCUUGAAUACUCCUCUGUCUGACCCGCCUGCUGGCUCUCCGCCGCCUAUGGAGCCGCCUGUCAAGCGGCUUGGCCGUCAAAGACGCAAGGCCCGGAGGCGCCAUGGCCCCCCGGUUCCCGUUCUGGCCCCGGAGGAGUUCCCGGCACCGCCUCCAGUCCCCGCGGUGGUCGACGCACUGCCUCCAGUCCCCGCGGUGGUCGACGCACCGCCUCCAGUCCCCAGGACCUCGGCCUUCGAGAGGCUCUGUGCCUUUCCUCCAGAUCCGCCCCCGGAGGACCCACCGGACCCGGCUCCGCCCCCGGAGGACCCACCGGACCCGGCUCCCAACCCAGUUGUCUGUCCGGCCACCGGGCCGUCCGCCGGAGCGGCCCCUCUGCCCUGUCCGGGCCGUCUGCCGGAACAGAACCUCCGCCUACCGGAACGGACCCUCCGGCCCACUCAUCCCCGGCCAGUUCUGCCUUUGGGCCGACCCCCGGAGCUACUGCCUGGCCACUUCAGUCCUGUCCAGUCCAGCCCUGCUCUCAGUUCAGUCCUGUCCAGUCCAGCCCUGCUCUCAGUUCAGUUCAGUUCAGUCCUGUCCAGUCCAGCCCUGCUCUCAGUUCAGUUCAGUUCAGUCCUGUCCAGUCCAGCCCUGCUCUCAGUUCAGUUCAGUUCAGUCCUGUCCAGUCCAGCCCUGCUCUCAGUUCAGUUCAGUCCUGUCCAGUCCAGCCCUGC